CCCUGUACCGAGGCAUGCAUUACAAAGGGACGCGUAAUUUAUUGUUAAAGGGGUGGACAAGGCGUACGAUGCUUAGGGAUGCUUGGACGAACGACGGUGGGAAAGGCUGGUGGCGAUGGUGGUCCAGGUUGGGCGGAUUGCUGGCGAUGGCGGCAGCCAUAUCCUGUCUCGUUGCCCCGUUUCCGGGCGCCUCGGCCAAUCCGGAAGCGAAGCGUCUCUACGAUGACCUGCUGUCGAACUACAACCGCCUCAUCCGCCCUGUUGGCAACAACAGCGAUCGCCUCACUGUCAAAAUGGGACUACGCCUCUCCCAGCUCAUCGACGUCAACCUGAAGAACCAGAUCAUGACGACAAACGUUUGGGUGGAACAAGAAUGGAACGAUUACAAGCUGAAGUGGAAUCCGGACGACUACGGCGGUGUCGACACCCUUCACGUACCAUCGGAACACAUAUGGUUACCCGACAUUGUUCUUUACAACAAUGCCGAUGGUAAUUACGAGGUGACCAUCAUGACUAAAGCGAUUUUGCAUCACACCGGGAAGGUCGUGUGGAAGCCACCGGCGAUCUAUAAAUCAUUUUGCGAGAUCGACGUGGAAUACUUCCCCUUCGACGAGCAGACUUGUUUUAUGAAAUUUGGUUCGUGGACUUAUGACGGUUAUACGGUCGACCUGCAGCAUCUCCUGCAGACCGAGGACUCGAAUCAAAUCGACGUCGGGAUCGACCUGACCGACUAUUACAUCUCCGUCGAGUGGAGCAUCAUAAAAGUGCCUGCCACGAGGAACGAGGCGUUCUACAUAUGCUGCGAGGAGCCGUAUCCCGACAUCGUGUUCAACAUCACCCUGCGCCGCAAGACCCUCUUCUACACGGUGAAUCUGAUAAUACCGUGCGUGGGCAUAUCCUUUCUGUCGGUGCUGGUAUUCUACCUGCCGAGCGACAGCGGCGAGAAGGUCUCCCUGUCGAUUUCGAUACUCCUCUCGUUGACGGUGUUCUUCCUGCUGCUGGCCGAGAUAAUACCGCCCACGUCGCUGACGGUGCCGCUUCUGGGCAAGUACCUGCUCUUCACCAUGGUGAUGGUGACCGCGUCCGUGGUCGUCACGAUAGCCGUGCUGAACGUCAACUUCCGCUCGCCCGUCACCCACCGUAUGGCCAGGUGGGUGAAGAUAGUGUUCAUCCAGGUGCUGCCGCGCUUCCUCCUGAUCCAGCGGCCGAAGAAGGACGAUUACGACGAUUAUGAGGAUCAGGGCAGGGGCGGCGGCGGGAUCGGCGCGGACGACAUCGACGACAACGGCGUCGACGACGACGAGGACGACGACGAGGACGAUGUCGAGGCGGCGAACGGCAAGCCGCCCGAGGGCAUCCUCACCGAUGUGUUCCAUGUUCCAGAGACUGAUAAGUAUGACACGUACUACGGCAAGAGGUUCAGCGGAGAGUACGAGGUACCGCCGCACGGUCUGCCACCGCCAGCGACGAGGUACGACCUCGGCGCCGUCGGGACCGUCGGCACCGUCGCACCCUGCUUUGAGGAGCCCCUACCCUCGCUGCCACUGCCGGGGGCGGACGACGACCUCUUUGGGCCAGCUAGCCCUGGAUACGCUCACGAGGACGUCAGCCCCACCUUCGAGAAGCCGUUGGUACGCGAGAUCGAGAAGACCAUCGACGACGCCCGUUUCAUCGCCCAGCACGCCAAGAACAAGGACAAAUUUGAAAGCGUGGAGGAGGACUGGAAAUACGUCGCGAUGGUGCUGGACCGCAUCUUCCUUUGGAUCUUCACGCUGACCUGCGUGCUCGGCACGGCGUUUAUUAUUUUCCAGGCGCCAAGCUUGUACGACACCACGAAGCCGAUCGACGUCAAGUACAGCAAGAUCGCCAAGAAGAAGAUGUUGCUGUGGGGCAUGGGUCCCGAGGAGGACUAGUCGACGAUUCCGCGCGGCCCGGUGCCGCGUCCACAACGGCGGC